AUGCGGGUCAUCGCGUGGAGCCAGAACCUCACUCCCGAACGAGCCGCGGAGUGCAACGCCACCCUGGUCGACAAAGACACGCUGUUCGCCGAUGGCGACGUGGUGUCCGUACACGUUCGCCUGAGCGACCGCACGCGCGGCCUGGUGGGCGCCCACGAGAUUGGCCUGAUGAAGUCGUCGGCGAUCCUGGUGAACAUCUCCCGUGGCCCCAUCGUGGACGAGGCGGCGAUGGUAGACGCGCUCCAAAGGCGAGCAAUCGGAGGCGCCGCGCUGGACACCUUCGACGUGGAGCCGCUACCGGUUGACCAUCCCUUGCUGACCUUGGACAACACCCUAGUCACACCUCACGUGGGUUACGUUACCCAGGUGGGGUACCGCGCCUUUUACUCCGGCGUGGUCGAGAACAUCCGGGCUUUCGCAUCCGGCGAGGCAAUUCGGGUGAUCAACCCCGACGUUCUGCAAUCGUCCAAUCUGCGCGGGCCGGCCUGA